AUGAGCUUGAGCAACAUGAACUCCACAUUGCAAAUUGAACCGCGACGUCAGGAGCAAAUUGCUGCCAUGUCUGAACAAGCAACUACGCAGUCUAGCUACAGUAUCAUUUCCACGCCCAAUGAUGUGGCCGGUAGUUCUAAGUCGAACAUGGAUGAGAACCCCGUAUGCAUUGUUGGAAUGGGUUGUCAUCUUCCUGGGGGCGUUCGAUCGCCUUCCGAUCUCUGGAAUUUCCUCGCCAAGAAACAGAGUGCUCGGUCGGUUGUCCCAAGCAACCGGUUUAAUGUGAAAGGUUUCUAUCACCCACAUGGAAACAGAGCCGGAACGAUGAAUGCAAAUGGAGGCUAUUUCAUCCAAGAAGAUAUCCGCCUCUUCGAGAACGCCUUUUUUGGCAUCAACAAUAUGGAGGCGGCUUAUAUGGAUCCUCAGCAACGAAAGCUUCUCGAGGUGGUGUUUGAGUGCCUUGAGAACUCUGGGGAAACACUCCAAGGUAUCUCAGGUACCAAUACAGGCGUCUACGUGGGCAGCUUCACACUAGACCACCAGAUCAUGCAAGCCCGAGAUCCAGAUACUAUUCAAAGAUAUAGCGCAACAGGAGGUGGCACAACAAUUCUAGCGAAUCGAAUUAGUCACGUAUUCAAUCUCCAAGGGCCAAGCCUUACUUUGGACACGGCAUGUUCGUCUUCGAUAUACUGUUUAGAUAAUGCUGUCAAUGCCCUUAAGCGCGGUGACUGUGAUGGUGCCAUUGUCGCGUCUGCGAACUUGAUCACCGCACCAGAACAAUCCCUUGCGACCAUGAAGGCGGGCGUUUUGUCACCUACAUCUACGUGUCACACAUUUGAUGCUUCAGCCGAUGGCUAUGGACGAGCCGAUGCUGUAAAUGCCAUCUAUUUGAAGAGUAUGUCUUCAGCGAUGAGAGAUAAAAAUAAGAUAUUGGCGGUGAUCCGAGCGACUGCUGUAAAUUCGAAUGGCAGAACUUCUGGUAUCACUCAACCAAGUGCCGAGUUGCAGGAGGCCGUAAUUAGGAAAGCCUACAGCACCGCUGGCUUAUUAUUCGCUGACACGGACUACGUCGAGUGCCACGGCACUGGGACUCCCGUUGGAGAUCCCAUUGAAGUAGACGCAAUCACGCGUUGUUUCUCACGAUCCAGGGAAUCACCUCUCCUUAUUGGGGCCGUGAAAACAAGCCUAGGACACAGCGAAGCAGCCAGUGGACUCACCUCACUUAUCAAAGUCGUCUUGGCUCUUGAGCAUGGCAAGAUCCCACCCACGCGCGGGGCAACGAGACCGAAUCCCAAUUUGCGGCUUGAAUCUUCGAACAUCAGAAUAGUGACAGAGAUGGAAGAAUGGCCAAGAGUCACACGUAGGGCAAGUAUCAACAGCUUUGGCUAUGGAGGUGCAAAUGCACAUGCUAUUCUUGAGGCAUUUGAUCCUUACAUUACAGUUCCGGAUUGCCUAUCAGAAGAGGAUAGCGAUGCGAGGAUUGCUAGUCAACAGCUUAUCAUACCCGUCUCAGCUUUCUCAGAGAAAUCGCUUGAGUCCCGUAUCCAGCAGAUAUCUGAGGUGAUUCCGACCUGUGGUUGGAACAUACUACAAAGCCUCGCAUAUACAUUCAGCGCUCGCAGAUCCCAGCUGGGAUAUAGGAAGCUAUUGUUAGUUAAGCCUAAUGAAAAUGGGAAACCCAGCUUAUCGCUGAUGAAGUCGGCAAACCAUACCGAUGGUAAUACUCAAGACCCUUUACCUUACGCCUUCAUAUUCACGGGUCAAGGGGCUCACUAUUCCGGCAUGGGUAGAGAGCUUCUUGAGCGGAGCGAUGAUUUUCUGAGCACCAUUCGGGAGCUGGAUCGCACUCUACAGACCAUUGCACCAGAAAAGGCGCCAACUUGGUGUAUAGAACGGUCCAUUGCUGAACACACACCGACGAGUCCAAGCCACGGUGCCGCACUUAGCCAGACAAUCUGCACCGCUAUCCAGAUCGCUAUCGUCAAUACACUUCACUGCUGGAAUGUAAAUCCUGUUGCUGUUAUCGGCCAUUCAUCUGGAGAAAUUGCUGCUGCUUAUAGUGCAGGCCUGAUCAGCCAAAGUCAGGCUAUACUCACGGCAUACUUCAGAGGUUACACAGUUGAUCAGCUACAUAUACCGGGAUUAAUGAUGGCUGUGGGUAUCAACAUUAAGACCGCUCGGAGCCUUAUCCAGCAGAAUGAUCUCAACGAUCAUGUCUGUAUUGCAUGUGUUAACGCGCCAGAGAGUUUAACACUCAGUGGAAGAACCGAAGGGAUCAAGCUUCUCCAACAGAAGAUACAGGAGCAGAACAAGUUUUGUCGGAUAUUGCUAACAGAUAGGGUUGCCUAUCAUUCCCACAUGAUAAUAGAAGUUGGCAAAGCCUACGAGGAAGCGCUACGCCCGAUAUAUAAGGAUCACCAAAAUAGGGGUUCGACUCAAGGGAUAGUUCAGAUGUGUUCCUCGGUAGGGAACAUCGGCGACGCGUUGACCACACCAGAUACCAACACAGACUGGGCUGGAUAUUGGCGAGAAAACCUCGAAAAGCCAGUUCAAUUUGACUCUGCUUUGAGAAGCCUGGCAGCUUCUAGGGAUCUCCAGUUCAUAGAAGUCGGACCACAUCCGGCUUUGAAAGGGCCGGUGAAUCAAAUCCGAGCAAGCAUGAUGGCCGAUGUUGAUCACUUCCGGUAUGCUCCGACCUUGGUCCGUGAUCGAGACACGGAUUUAUGCAUGAAGGAAUUGGCUGGUACGCUUUUCAUGCAUGGACACAGUCUUAACUGGGAGAAAGUCAACUUGAUUGAACGAAGCAACCAAGUUCCCCUCCAUAAUCUUCCUCCAUACCCCUGGGACUACAGCAGUACAAAGCUACUCUAUCAUGAAUCACGUUUGAGUCACGAGCUACGAAAUCGCAAAUAUGUGCGCCACGAAUUGUUGGGGUCGAGGCAGUACGCCGGCAAUGGUAUUGACUGGAAUUGGCGCAAUCAUAGCGUGCGUCUCAAAGAGAUGCCCUGGAUGCGAGACCAUAUCGUUGGUGGCCAAGUAGUUUUCCCAGCCGCGGGCUAUCUCGCCAUGGUCAUGGAAGGACUCAGUCAGAUCCAAGACGAUGAAGAGCUGUCACACCCACCCCUUUCCGCCUUUCAGUUCCGAAAUAUCAGUUUCAAUACUGCGCUUAUAAUCGAUGAUCAGGACGGCCUCUUAGCGGAAGACACUGAACUGCACACCAACCUAUCGCCACGAAAAAUCUCUACGACGAGUACUUCUUCCUAUUGGUAUGACUUCUCUAUCUCGUCGUACAAGAUCGGUAGAUCAACUGUCCACUGCGUAGGCAGUGUUCGGGAGGCAGAUGGCUUAGAUCUUGAUCAAGCCUUCACCAUUGACCAAGCAGAACGAUUCGAGAGGGUUUCUACAAACAGGUGGUACGAGAAGUUCGCUGUGGAAGGCUUGAGCUUUGGUAGAGCAUUCCGCCUAGUUCACUUCCUUGAUCAAGAUAAUAACAGGGGGCGGCCGGAGGCCAUAGGUAUCACUCACAUCAGGCCUCCGGGUUCCGAAAAUGAUGGCACAUUCUACCCAGUUCAUCCCAUUACCAUCGACGCAUGUCUACAAGCAGGUGUCAUGACCACAUGUGCGGGAAAUGUGAGCGAGCUUCAGGCAUAUCUUCCGGUGUUCAUCAAGGAAUGCCGAAUCGACAUCUCGUCUGCCCCUGAGUCCGCGGGCUUGGACGCCAAAGUUUAUGCGCGGUCCGAAAGGACUGGUGUAUCCACUCAGAGGAUAUCCUGCACACUUCGAGACUCAGAAAACAAAGCAGUGGUUCAUAUGAGAGAUGUACGAAUGUCUUUGUAUUCGGAGAGUGCAUUCAAGCAUCCAGCAAAGCCUGGAGAAAGUCCGGACGGUCAGCGCCACCCAUGUCUGAGUGUCAUCUGGAAACCUGAUAUUCAAUGUCUUCAGCCUGGGUCUGGUGCUCCAUUGCGGGAAUACAUUGCCGCGUUUAUUAAACAACAGGAUGCAGACCUUGCUGAUGACGAAAACGUCGCGACCAUCGGAUCAUUGCUUGACCUAGCUGGUCAUAAGAAGCCACAGAUGCGCGUUCUUGAGCUCGGAGACAGCUGUAGCUGUAAAUCCAGUCGGUGGUCGACGUUUCUAGAUAGAAAUACUUCAUUCCCACGCUGUGGGAAGUGGCUGACUGCUCGCAUUGCCGACCACGGAACAUUGUCAGUCGAUGAUGAGGAUGAUGGCCCGUUCGAUGUAAUCAUUAUCACAGGGCUGAGAACUUCCGAAAAGUGCUGGAGAUCCUGCUCCAAGUCAAUCAUAUCUCUUCUUGCCCGUGAUGGUACUAUCAUAAGUCGUCAGACACAUGCAGCUCAGACGUCUUUGGAGGCGGCAGGCUUGUGGCUAAUUGAAGUUGAUAAAAGGACUUUUUUAUCUAGACGUUUAUCCGAUACUGGAGUUCUCAGAAAAAAGACUUUUAUCAUUCUAGUUCGUGACCCCUCUACGAGACUCUCCGAGUUUGCAUCAUUCCUGUCGGUGCAUCUUCAACAAGCAAUUGCCGAUUCCGAAGUAAAGGUAAUUUCAAUUUGCGAUGUCCAACAAACAGUAUGCCCCCAAAACUCCGUGUUCAUCUCUUUGCUCGAAAUGGAGGUUCCUUACCUAGCAACCAUGGGCCAGCUGGAGAUGGACCUCCUUCGCAGCAUUAGCAACGCAACAACUCAUCUCCUCUGGGUCACCGGUGCCGGAAUGCUAGGUGAAGUCCACUGUAAUCCUGACCUGACUCUUUCCUGUGGACUAUCACGGGCUUUAAUGCUAGAACAACCCUCAUUGCGCUUCGCGGUCCUAGACGUCGGGCCCGAAGCUUUCCAAGUACCUACCAAGCAACUGACGUGCGACAACAUUAUUCGUACCCUGAUUCCUGCAGAUAAGUCGGACGAUAAGGAGUACGCCCAACUACAUGGUAUGCUUUACACCAGUCGCUUUGAACCUGCGUCGAACUUUAAUUCCCUGUUCCAAACCCGAAUCCAGUCCAAAAACCACUUCGAGAACAUCCUACUAAGCGAAGCGAAACCAGCUCGGCUAUCUAUUGGGAAGGUUGGGGUCAUGGACACUAUCCAUUUCGAUCAAGUAAGGGAGCCAUCAAGCGACCCGCCCUCUGGCUUCGUAGACAUUGAGAUGCAAGUCAUGAGUUUGAACGCCAAGGACGUGUACGCCCUGAAUGGGCGAGUCGAGACUCAGCAGGGGACUACUGCGAUGGAGUUCGGUGGGACAGUUACAGCGAUAGGCGCCGGAGUUCCAGAGACUCAGCUGAAGAUCGGCGAUAGAGUCAUCGUCGUCAUCCCGAAUCAUUUCACCACCACAGUACGAGUGCCCGUCUGGGCGACCCAUCGAAUUUAUUCGGAUGAGGAUCUGAUUGUCAUGUCGGGCCUUCCCAUAGCUUAUAGUACUGCGCUGUAUGCGUUAAAUGAUCGUGCAAAUCUUCGGUCUGGCGAGUCCAUCAUGGUCCAUUCUGGAACAGGUGCGCUGGGCAUAGCAACUAUUGCUAUUGCCCAACGCAUUGGCGCCACUGUCUACACUACCGUUGGCUCGUCUGCGAAGAGAGACUGGGUUGUCAAUAACUUGGGCUUGCCAGCUUCGAAUAUCUUCAGCUCCCGCGAUGCUAACGAUUUCGUUGCCGGCGUGAGAAAAGCAACACGAGCGCGUGGAGUUGACGUGAUUGUCAACUCUCUUACCGGCGACCUUAUGCACCAUAGUUGGGACUGUCUGGCUCCGUUCGGCCGCUUCAUCGAAGUUGGCAAGCGGGAGCUAGUCGACGCCGGCAAGUUAGAUAUGUCCGUCUUCCUAAGGGGCGCAACUUUCACCGCCUUCGAUCUGAGCGAGCUAUAUUUUCAUAAGGACCAGUUCUAUCGCGAGCUACUCGUCACCAAAAUAAGGGAAGUGCUUGACUUGUUCCGCGCGAAGGAGAUCAAGCCACUUCCCACCAAAUGCUUCGAUGUAUCAGAGAUCACCAGUGCCUAUCGCUACUUUUCGAAACGAGAUAGGGUGGGUAAAGUGGUCAUCUCGUUACAGGAUCCCGGAAGUUCCAUUCCAGUAUCGCUAGCGAAGUAUCUCACCAUUCUUGACAAAAGGAAAGUCUACCUUCUAGUAGGAUGCCUGGGUGGUCUCGGCCGUAGCUUGAGCCGUUGGCUGCUAUCCCGCGGGGCACGCAACUUUGUCUUUCUUGGCCGAUCGGGCGACGAUAGGCCAUCUGCGCAGGCGCUCAUAUCCCAGCUUCAAGAAGCCGGCGCCAACGUCCAUGUCGUUCGCGGAGAUGUGUGUCUCUCCGAUGACGUGGUCCAGGCCGUGAAAUGCUGCGUCGGCACGGGCUUACCCCUCGGCGGGGUCAUACAAGCGUCGAUGGGCCUUUCCGAAAGCCUGUUCUCGCGCAUGAGCGGCGAAGCCUGGCAGAAGGCCGUGCGGCCGAAAUGGGCAGGGACAAGGAAUUUGGAUUCGGCCAUCCGCGGCGGAGUCGACGAUCAGCUCGAUUUCUUUCUGCUCAUGUCAUCGAUAUCGGGAACCGUGGGUACGGCGACAGAGAGCAAUUAUUGCGCGGCGAACAGCUUUCUCGACGCGUUCGCGCGCAAGGGCCGUCAAGAAGGGCGCCCGGUUGUCUCUCUUGGGCUGGGUAUGGUGUCCGAAGUGGGAUAUCUGCACGAGAAUCCCGAUAUCGAGGCGUUGUUGCUGCGUAGAGGAAUUCAGCCUCUCAGCGAAGAGGAGUUCUUGCAGAUGGUCGACUUUUCUCUCAUCUCCGCCAAAAGCACAUCUACAACCCCUUCCACCUCUUUCUCUUCGUCGUCCUCUCCUCCGCAUAUCCUGACUGGUCUCGAACCUGUCAGACUUCGGCAUUUGAGAGCCCAGGGCUUCGAUAUAAGCCACGGCGCCACUCAGGAUCCGCGUUCGUCCAUCUUAUCGGCAGCCCUUGAAGCCGACAAGCAAGCCAAUGGCAGUGAGAUCGAACAACUCCAGAAUAUUGCCGUAGCUACGUGGUUGACGAAUGUCUCAUCAGACGCUCUGGCAGCACUGAAGAAAGAGGCCGAUGCUCCCACGCUGGAAAUCGCUGUUCUACGACUAGCGAAAAAGUGCCUUUCCAGCUUGAUCCUAUUGCCCACAGAGCUUAUCGACGAUCACAAGGCCUUGAAUGGAUAUGGAGUGGAUAGCAUGAUUGCGUCGGAGUUCCGCAGUUGGCUAUGGAAUGCAUUCAAGGUGGACGUUUCGUUCCUGGACAUUCUUAGCCAGGGGAAGUCGUUGCAUGAACUCUCUGGUUUGGUUGUGAAUAGAAUAGCUACGACUUAG